GUGGCUUGGGGGCGAAGGGGCGUGGCCAGCCAACAAUGUCUCCGUACUGCAGUCUGGAUCCCAGACCAACAACAACUCUCUGUUCACCUGCCUGGGGAUGCACCCUGCUCUCAACACCUCCACACAAUGCACUGCACGGGCUUGGUCUCCUUAUGGUGAGCCAGUGUGUUCCGCUUAUGCCACCGGUAAGAACCAAUACCUGCUGCUGUCCUGCUCCUGGGAAGGUGGGUCUCCCAGGGCUGUGGUGUGGUGGGAGGUGCCUAAAGAAGAGGGGAGGGGCCAAGAAGUGGAGACCUCCAACAUCCUGGUACUUCGUUCUAACUCCACCCAGAAUGGACAGGCCUACACCUGCUACGCCAAACACCCCCUGGACACACGCACCAGGACCUGCAGCCUUGUCCCGGUCAGUAAGCCAUAUAUUCUUCUGAGUGAUGCAUCCCCUGCGGAGGGAUCUUCGGUGUGGCUGCGCUGCGGCCUGGAGAAUGGUACUGGGCCACUUUACUUCCUGUGGGAGCAUGAGACAUACAGUGGAUUGGUCAGCACCGUCUCCCAGGGCAACAGCAGCGUGUUCAACAUGACAGAAGUCAACCGUAACCACACAGGCUGGUAUCGUUGUGUGGCCCGGAACCAGGUCAACCAGGAACGGUCCGACCGCAUCUGGCUGGACAUCAUCUUCGGUCCUGAUAUUCCCCAGAUCGACGUGACCCCCUACAGUGUAACAGACAGAGGAUACUCUGCUCAGGAGAGACAGGCGGUCUCUCUGCUCUGCCAGGCCCAGUCCAACCCUCCCAGUCAAUAUGUCUGGUUCUACAACAACAGGUAA